AUGGAUUCUGACGAAGGCGACGCUUUUGAUAAGCUCAUUGACCAGACUGAGGAAAUGGAUGUGACCAAGAUCAAUGCAUCCUACUUUGACCAGAAAGCAGAUAUGAAGACAUACCAGUCUUUGGACAAUAAACUAAAGGAGAUCUCACAGAAAUUGAGUGUUCAGAAGUUAAACAAGCUCAAGAAUUUCUCACUUGUUCGUGACUUAGUGGACAUCAUCAUCAGUUCUCAGAACAGCUUCGAGUCUUUAAAAGGAAAACAGAAAGAACUCAAAGAUUUAGAGAAGUACUUGUCUAAGAUAUGUAAGGAAAUCCUUGCUUUGAAGAAUGACGAUUUCCAUAACUGUGUCAGUGGCAUGAAACCUCUCUACCUCAAAAUCAAGGAAGUCAACUUAAGACUCGAACAAGUUGAGAACAGGAAAAACGAAUGUGAGCGGUCUCUUAAAGACCAAAGCGGCAUUGAUGAGAUCAGACAACUAGAGUAUAACGCACUUUAUUACUCUGAACUUGAGAGAGGAUUAAUGCUUUUUGAAAGGUAUGAAGGGAAAUUUGCUCGAGUGAAAGAAUAUGAAAAUAAAAAUAACUAUAUCAUGUGCAUACUUAAGCUCCAAGAGAUUGACAGACUAUACCAAUCGAACAUUGUUGAACUCAACGAAUUCCCUGACUUAGUCAAGAUCAUCAAAUCGAAGGUUGAAGAAUGGAACAAGAAAAUCAAGAGAGAAUUAGAGAACAAAGUGUUAUCAAUCCUUUUCCAUCGAAAAGAAGAUUUUCCAUCAAUUCUUGAGACAACUCUCAUAGUCAAGAAAACAAACUGGGUGCAGGACUCCAACAUCGAAGAAGUUGAGGACUUCUUCGAUCUUGUCGCUAGAAAUGUGUUUAGCCUUAAUGAUAGCAUUAAGCUCAGCAUUGCCAAAACUCUGUCUAGAAAGAACAAAGAAGACGACAUAAUGAGCAUGCAAAGGAUUGUCAAGAGGUACAUUACAAUACAAAAAGAAGAAAAUUUUGACCCUAGAGAUCCAGAUUAUGAGGAAAACCAGGAAAUUAUCCAGAAGAUUGGGAUCUUCUUUGAUGAUCUUUCUGACCCUGAGAUUAUCUAUGUCAGAAAGGAAGCAUACCUCACGUCAUGCUUUGCAGCUCUGAGCGAGCUUAAUCAAGGGAAUUCAGGAGGAUAUCAAGAGAAGAGAUCAUCUAAAAUUCUGAUAGAAAAUGUUGAUCUUGAGUUCAUCUCUCAAAAUUUGUUAAGAGAGUUUCCUAAAACUCUAAUGAAUGCGAUUAGGCUCAUAAUUAGCAAGCUCAACUACAGAAAUAAAUCUGGAGGAAGAAGAAGAAAUUACGGGCGUGAAGAAAAUAUUGACGAGGAUCUAGAAUUCACUGAUGAUGUUGAGUUACAAAUUUUCAACGCACUGAUUGGAAUCCCAUUACAAAUGCUCAACCUCACAUCUUCAUUCCUGGACAGUCUGUUUCAUUACUUGCUCUGUCUCUUUGAUAACUUUGUGACUAUCGCAGAAAUCACAGCGAAUUCUCAGCUUGCAGAUGAAGCAUUUAAUGGAAUCCAGUAUUACAUUAAGAUAAUCCUGCAAGCUUUGUUUGAUUAUGAUGAUACCCUCCAAGUGCAAACCCAAGAUAAAGAGAAGAAGAACUUCAGCGAGAGAAUGACAAUGGGCGGAGUUCACAAUUCUCCCUUCAAGAAUGAGAAUCGGAGUUGCACCUUCAUUUUCUCCUCUGAGGAGGAAAGCCACGAGUUUCUGAAGAAUUCUAUCAAAGAACAAUUUGACUUCUAUCAAACUGUUCUUAGUGAGCUCACUGAUGGGUUUAUUCGACCAAAUAUUAUGUACGCAGGGUUCUUUGGGUGGAAAUGUAAUGAAUUCUUACAAAAUUUAUCUGAUAAAGCUAAGAAGUUGAUGAACCCUCACUCUCAAUACAAAGUCUUUGUCCUCUGGAACAAGCACUUUAUUGAAAGUUCUCUUGAACUUUUAGCUGAGAGAUUACGCAGCAAAAUAGAGCUCUUGACUGAAGGAUAUGUCUCACAGAGCUUCAGAAUCUUUACUGUUGCUCAUAAGGAACAAUUUGAAGAACAGAGUGAUGGUAGAAUGAUCCAGAAACCAAACAUCACUAGUAGUAAAGAUCUUAGCAGUAGAAGUUUUGAAAGCAUCAAUGAGUCUGUAUUCCUUUAUAUGGAUACAUUGAGUAGAUUCUUGAAAUUCCUAGGCUCUCCUGUGAAAUCAAAUCUGCUGUUCAAGACUUCAAGAUCAGCAGAGGAAAACUAUACAGAUUAUACUACUAACCUACACCAAACAUUGGUUGAUAAUAUCUCGAUGUUUUCUAGAAAGCUGGAGUCUUUCUUCAAUGAGCUAGUCAAGAACACUCAUUUUCCUGGUUCAAACAAGCUUGAGAAGGAAUUCUUCUCAAAAGAUUUCUAUGAAGGGGAGAUAAACUCUGUAGAAUUCAUCAAAACUGUUGAGAAGACGAUAAGCGUAGCUGCAUCAACUUCAAUAGACGUGAUUGAAGAAGAGAAGCUCUCUCGAGAGGGCUCUAUAGCUUCUGGCAAAGAUAUUGUAUAUGAUGAGUACUGGAACUCAAAACAAAACAAAAACGAAAUGUCAUUCCUACAACUUGAAGGGCUAGAAAGUAUCACUGGAGGAGGAAGCUCAGAGGAAUAUUUGGAGUUUCUUAAGCAUCCAAGGUUGGCCAUAGAAGAUAACUACCUUAAGUCUGAUAUUACUCUGAUUACUUUAAUGAUCGAACUGAGUUGGAAUCUAGGUGAGUUGAUUAAAGGGCUCAAGACAUUUGAAAAGGCCACCUCUCAUAAGCUGUCUCUCCAGAAAACGCUCAAACCGAUUAUCACUAUCUACAAUAAUUGUAACAUCUUUCUUAGAUGUGAAAUCGUUGGAAGAAUCUUCUGAGGUUUACGUGAAAUGGUUUAUACAGAUUUCAAUAAAAAGUAUGGUUCAAAAGGAGCAGAAAGCUUUGGUAAUUUCGUUUGCAGAGAAAUUAAAUAUUUCUACCAUCUAACUCAGCAACUUGGGCUACGCGGAAGUUACAUAAUGUCUGUGGUUCCUCGAUUGGUAGCAAAAAUUUUCAGAACAAACAUCAGAUAUAUCAAGAACUCAACUAUCAAUGAGAAUGGAUUCAACUCUUUGGAGACUACCUUUGAGUAUAUCAUAGCAAGUUUCAAAAUCUUUUCUAAGAAUGAUCUGAAAUCCAUUUCUGCUCUCAACCAAUGUGAAGUUUCGAAGACAAAAUAUUUCAUUCAUUUGUUAAGUCUGCAAAAGAAAGAACUCAUCACCGAAAUAACCGAAAACGAACAAAACUGCACAAUGAUGGAAUACAACAGUAUCCUAAAUAUCCAAACUCACAGAAGAGAUAAGCUGAAUGAUCUUGAGAAGAAAUCCUUACUAAAAAUGGUCAAGGAGCGUACUAAUGACUAAACAUCUGAAUGCCUUAAUGCCAGAAUCAUCAGAUAUUA